UUAUUUAGUGUUUUAAAUUGUUGCUGAUUCCAGAAAUGAAAGGUAAAACGAAGCAUUUUUUAAUAUCGAAUCUACUGUUUUCGUUUGUAUGUGGAUUACUGUUCAGGUUUUUUAAAAAAUUGACCUGUAUAUUAAUGUGUUUAUUAAUUAUGUCUAUGGGGAAGGAAUUGUUGAUGAGUAUGUUUUUUAUUGUUGCAAUGUUUGCUUUAUGAAACCUUUCAUCGGAGAGUAACAAAGCAUGGUCUGUUAAAUUAUUGAUUGUGUUGAUUUUGUAGCUUAGUGGAUAAUUGGAAAAAUAGUUGAUAUACCUCCCUGAAAAUGUUGGUUUGCGAUACCAAUCUGUUAUUAAUUUGUGGUUAUCCCUAAUUAUUGUUGCGUCGAGAAAAGAGAUCAUGCCGUUAGAUUCAGUUUCAUGCGUUAAUUUGAGUCGUUCAUGAUAAUCAUUAAAAAUGGAAAGAACAUGGUUGACUUUAUCUUUUGGUAAGAUGGUGAAAAUGUCAUCAACGUAUCGGAAAAAACUAGGAAUGUCAAACGUUAACGAUUGCAAGCAAUGUGUUUCUAAGUCAUCCAUUACUAAGUUGGUAAGUAAUGGUGACAGGGGAGAUCCCAUGGGGCUGUCGAAAACCUGCUCGUAAUAAUGGUCAUCAAAUUUAAAAUAAGUAGAACUUAGAACAAGGUCAACCACAUGAAGAAACUGUGACAUAUCAAAGUUGGUAAAUUUUGAUAUGUCCUCCCGUUUUUCGAUUGAUUUAAGAGCUAGUUCCCUUUUGUGUUUUUCUUUUAGCACGACAUUACAGGAAAGACAUUGCUAAGAAUAAAUGAAAAUAGCUUGAGGCGGAUUGGUAUUGAUAACGAACAACAUAGAACAGACAUUUGGCGGGAAAUAUUGAAAUUGCAUCUAAAAACAGACAUGUUAGAGCUUAAGGAUAUUGAGCGACGAAAUAAUAUGAUGAAUAAUAUGAUGAUGAAUCUUGACUAAAAUCUCAUUAUUAUACAGUUAUAUCUUUAAUGUAUUAUUUAUGUAUGUUUUAUAAAUAAUGGAUUUGUCGACCAACUCUAGAGACAUAAUGAAUACAAAAGUAAUUAAGGUUGCGAUUAUCUCUAAGGAGAAGUUUGAAAUAUGUCGUUUGUGUGGAGAAAAGUCUUUGAACUGUAUUCCAAUAUUUGAAGACAGAGAUAACUAUAUUCUCGAAAAAAUCAGCAGGUGUUUACCAAUUAUUGUUUUUCCAAAUGACAAUUUACCCUCCAGUGUAUGUAGACGUUGCUUGGAUUCUUUAAAUAUUAGUUGCAAAUUGAUUCUCACUGCAGUAGAGGUGGAUAAACAUCUACGAAUGCAAUUAGAUCAAAAGCAGAAAAAUGCUGUCUUUACAGAUAAAGAUGUUGCAGUGUUUUGCGAAACUCCUAAAAUAUCUGAGACAGAGGUAGACAAACACCUACGAAUGCAAUUAGAUCAAAGGCAGGAAGAGACUGUUUCUACAAAUAAAGAUAUCCCAGCGUUCUGCGACAAAUCUAAAAUAUCUACAGUAAAGGUGGUCAAACAUCUGCAAGUGCAAUUAGAUCAAAGGAAGGAAGAGACUGUUUCUACAAAUAAAGAUGUCGCAGCGUCCUGCGACAAAUCUAAAAUAUCUACAGUAAAGGUGGUCAAACAUCUGCAAGUGCAAUUAGAUCAAAGGAAGGAAGAGACUGUUUCUACAAAUAAAGAUGUUGCAGCGUCCUGCGACAAAUCUAAAAUAUCUACAGUAAAGGUGGGCAAACAUCUGCAAGUGCAAUUAGAUCAAAGGCAGGAAGAGACUGUUUCUACAAAUAAAAAUGUUGCAACGUUCUGCGACAAAUCUAAAAUAUCUACAGUAAAGGUGGGCAAACAUCUGCAAGUACAAUUAGAUCAAAGGCAAAAAGAGACUGUUUCUACAAAUAAAGAUGCCGCAGCGUUCUGCGACAAAUCUAAAAUAUCUACAGUAAAGGUGGGCAAACCUCUGCAAGUACAAUUAGAUCAAAGUCAGAAAAAUGCUGUUCCUACAAAAAAAGAUAUUGCAGCGUUCUGCGACAAAUCUAAAAUAUCUACAGUAAAGGUGGGCAAACCUCUGCAAGUACAAUUAGAUCAAAGUCAGAAAAAUGCUGUUCCUACAAAAAAAGAUAUGGUAUUUCGUGAAGCACCUAAAAUACCUGCAACAGAGUUGAACAAGCAUCAACAAACACAAUUGGUUCAGAGAAAACCUGUACGUGUUUAUACAAAAGUAGUAGACGAACCACCUGAAAUAUCUUCUGUUGUCGGCCCGAUUGGAUGUGAUCUGUGCGACUUUCAUUUUAAAACUUUAGGAACACAGUUUGACAGGCACACGGAGCAAUCUUACUUUUUAAAGUGGAAAUGUAGUCUGUGUGAUGGUUGCUUUGACAAAUCUAGCGAAUUGGUAGCGCACAAGUCGUCGAAACAUAAUGGUAAUAUUAUAGUAUGUAAUAAUUGUCGAUCUACAUAUGGUCAGAAACCAAAUGUAAAUGAAUGUGACAACAUACAAGAUAAUAAACGAAAUAAUAAAGAGAAGACAACGAAUAGGAAUAUCCAGAAUAAUCAGCAAACAAAGCAGAAGACUGUUAAUAAAAAUAAUUGCAAGAGAAUUGUUACAAAAAAUGACAAAAUAGCAUUUAUCGAUUUGACAAUGGAUAACGAUGAUAUUGAAAUAGGAGAUGACAGUGUAAGCAAUGAAAUGGAUGUUUUAAUGGAACAAAGCGAUGACAGCUCUGAUUCAGAUGAAAUGGAAAAUAUUGAUGAUUCUGAUUCAGAAACAGAUAGACUCAUAGAGCAAUAUAGGAAAAUUUUGGAUCAAGUCAAAACAACUAAAACCGUUGAGCAAACAAAAUUGUUUUGCGAGACUUGCAAAUUCCACUUUGGGAACGAGCGAUAUUUCAACGCUCAUAACAGGAUACAUGAGAAAAGAGUUACUACUUGUAGCAUAUGCUCUAUAAAAUUCUCGUCCAUCUACGAUAUGUUUUCUCAUAAACGUGAAGAGCACAAAAUGUUCAAAAAUUCACGUGUAAAAUAUGCAUGUGGUAAGUGUGGAAAAUUCUUCACACAGUGCUGGACUUGGGAGGCUCACAAGGAAGAUCAGUGCUCUGAAAUGGAAAAAAGAUCUUGCAAAUAUUGCAAUAUGGUAUUACCGACACAAUUCAAAUUGACAUGUCACUUAAGGAGACACAAAAAGGAGAUGCUCAAUGAUCCGGAUGUGACUGUGUAUAGAUGCGUUUCAUGUCCCGAAGUAUUUGUCGAUAAACAAUUAUAUGAAAAGCAUAGAAAUGUGCAUGAUCCGGAAUGUUGGAAUAAGUAUCGAUGUGAUACGUGUAAGCAACCGUUUAGGGACAACGCUCGAUUACAAAAACAUCAGAGGACCGUUCAUCAAAACAUUAAGCCUUAUUUGUGUACUAUUUGCGGACGUUCUUUCUUGCAUUCGCAAAGUUUGAAAAUGCAUGGUAGAACUCACUCCGGGCAUGAUUGUAAUCAUUGUAAAGAAGUUUUUGAAAGAAGAGUGGAUUUAACGAAACAUCUACAUGAAAAACAUGGUUACAAGCUACCCAGUAAACCAAACUUGAAUAAAGAUUAUAUUUGCAGAUAUUGCGGCAAAACGCUCAAAUCGUAUAUAUCACUGACAGAUCACGAAAGAAUUCAUACUGGAGAAAAGCCAUACAAGUGUUCGAAAUGUCAGCGGUACUUCCGGAGUUAUACAGCCAGAUGGGCACAUCUACAACAUCAUGUGAAAGGAUUGUUUGUGUGCGAACAUUGUGGAAAAUCUUAUAGUUAUAAGCGAAGUUUAGCUGUGCACAUUUUGACGCACUUGCCGAUGGAAGAACGCAAGUAUGGAUGCAAUAUUUGUAAGAAAAGAUUUAUGAGAAAGGCUCAUUUGACUAUUCAUCAACGUAUUCAUUAUGGAAUACGUCCUUAUAAGUGUGAUGUGUGCUUCAUGAGUUUUACACAAAAGGGCGACAUGGUACGACACCGAGUGCGACACUUUAACAAAGAAAAACCUGUAAAAAGGGUUAGAAAUAUUAAAGUAGAUUUAGAUUUAAAAAAUGACAAAACUGACAAAACUGACUAAUGUCUUAUACUAUAAAUAAUAAUAUGUUCUUAUAUAUUUAAUAUUAUAUGUAUUUGCUAAUAUAAGAAAUAAAAAUAUCCAUUGUAACAUC